CUAGGUCUAGGCCUACUAGAUCUAGCCUAGGCUACCGCCUGAAUAUCUUCUACAAUCUAUGGAUGACAUUACCCACAAGGAUUUCAGGAACUGCAGUCAUACAUGAGAGACAGGGUGAGACUAAUUCAGCUUGAUUUGGAAGAAGGGAGAAAAUGACAAGCUUUCUUCUAGGCUUUAUGUGUAUCAGAACAUUAGGUUUAACUCAAGGAAAUCAGGGAUAGGAAUAUCUCAAGUCACGUCACAUCACGAGAUCACCAUGAAUGUGUUGUGUUUGCUGUCCAGAUGAUUUAUAUCACUUUAGCCAGCCAUAAUGGAUUUUAGGCGCCGAUUGACCGAUAAUUGAGUUCAAUUUCAUGCUUGACCCUGUCGAUCUGCCUCUGCAAAUUAGCUACAAAAUUUGAAUGCUGCCAGUUGCCAACAUAUUCUUUCAGGGGAGAUCUACAUAUAUGACUUAAUUGGGAUAUCUGUUUUGUAAAGACAUGAAACUUCAUCACAGAAAUGAUUUGAGCAAGCAGUGCCAUCAGCGUCCAUCUUGGAAGAGAUAUUGCAUACAUGUGCGGGGACGUCGUGACUAGAUGGGCAAAGAUUCUGAAAGUGAAGUGAAAAUUCAGACUCGUUAUCUCAUCACAGCUCAGUCAAGAUGGCCAAUGUUUGUUUCACCAGUGCCAACGUUUGCAACUAUACAUGCACUUCCCCUCCUCCUCGGCUUCCUCCGGAACCUAAUUUCUGUACGAAUACUACAACUCCAACUCCAACUGGAAAUACCACCACUCCAACGGUGACUACUACCAACGGUACAGAAAGUACAACUGAGAUUUCUACAACUUCAACGACCCUUACACCAGAUGGAGAUGGAACCACACCCUUCGAAACUACUACCACUACUGCCACUGUUACUGAUCUAAACACAGCAAGUCUAGGUACGGGCACAACAACACCAGGUAAUGGCAUUACAACAACAAAAACGACGACAACAACACAAGGUACUGCCACAGCAACUUUACCCUUUGACCCUACCACUAGUUAUGUGAGUAGUGGUAGUGGCAGUACGGAGAGUGGUAAGACAUUAAGUGCUUCCGUGUUUCCCUUCCCUACUCCAACAAUGUCGUCAGUGGUCUUUGUCAUUAAUUUUGCUUUGUCCUGGGGUAUGUUUAACAUCACUGCAAUUCAUCUCGAAGACCUACUAUUUCAUUUGCUUUGCAACUCCUCUCCAUGAAAUGUUUCAUCACUCCUAGGCUUUGCAUUCAUACGUGAAUAUCGGUUGUUAAAUGCUGUGUAGGACAAACUCUAAUUAAGCUCCAUAGAAUUACACUUUAAGGAAGUCUUCUGCAUCCUGUUUUAGCCAAUGUAUUUUGUAUUUUAGCCUGUGAACCAGUCACUUUCUUUCCAUUUCAUUUCAUUUCAUUCAUUCAAUUCCAAGUCCAGAUAAAAACAAUAUCAUAUACUAUUCAAAAUAGUGAGAUAUCAUGAAAAGCACAUGGCUUGUCCACAAGGUUGACUCAUCAUUUGAUUGAGAUUCAUUGAAUACUUGUCUAUCAACAUCUUAUUCUUUUUUUUGAUAAUAUAGGGAGAAUUAUAUAAUGGAAAAAAGUAUAUAUAAUUUGUGAUCUACCUUUUAACAAAGAAAUGAGCAAGUACAAGUAUAUCCAACUAAUCAAAAGUUUGUACUAGACACUUUACUACAUCCGCUUCCUUGAACAAAUUCCUAGAAUUGAUGAGUCUCAGCCCUAUUUUGUUAUUCAUUGCAAUCAUAAAUAAACCGUUCUCUCAUGCA